UAUCUGUGAAGUUAUUUAGGACAUUUUCCAAAAUUGAUUGUUAUUGCUAAGAUUGUAGAAGCUGUACUAUGAUAUCAGUUAAUGUCGGACAUAUUUUUUCAAACGAAUAGAUAUAGUAAAAGUGUAAAGCUUUACCGACAAAAUUUUCUUAAGCGUCUGUUAGAUUAGAGGUAACUAAGUUUGUGGUCCGAUAUGAGAAUAGCUUUAUGGUAUUGCUGUGGGUGUGAUUAGUUGCACGCUCUGACCCCUUGGUGGCGCUUCACAACAGGCCAAUAAAUUAUAUUUAGUGCUAUCUAUAAGCUAUGAACGUCCUAAUGGUUCAUCUGAUUUAAUGCUAUACAACUCAUUGUCUAUAUUAAGCCUAUGGCUUUUCCCAGAUUUUUUGCAAAUUCAUAGACCCCGACCAGGGCACUGAUUUCACUUUGGUUUAGGCAAAUUUCCCUAAAAUUUAAACAAUAGCACCGCUAAAUGGAUUCCUAAAUAAGUGACACUUUUAAGGUAUUUUAAAAUAGUUUAGUGAUAAAGAUUUGCCAGUUUUAGUUAAAUGAUUGUUUUGGACUUGUGGAUCCGUUCCUCUUACAAUGCGUAGACGAUUCCACGGUGAUCCCAUGGUUGACUUAAUCGAUAUUUUGCCUUAUAUAUUGAUUAACUAGGACUUCAAUUAUCUACCUAGGCACACACAUGCGACAAGGAAUCAUCUUUUUGACGCUGCGAGUAGAACUUAAAGCCGAUGAGUAAUUUUUAACCUUAUUUUUUGGUGGUACAUCAGGGGUUGUUCAAUCAGGUAUGAAUGAGAAAUACUGCUACAGUUUUAUUCUGCGACAGGCUUUACCUCCGUCAGUUUUUUUCGUUUGGUUUUUAGCCAUGUAAUGCUGGUUGAGGUUCUAAUAAGCUAGAACAGUAAACUUCAACUGGUAGCAACACACUUUAGUGAGUCUCCGACACAAAUUUUCUGAGAGCUAUAAAUACAUAAGCGGGAUUAUACAUAAUUGGAUCGACACCAGCGGUGGUGAUCCUAAAUAUUACGGUUGAAACGGUAGAACGACUGGCAGUAAGUAGAGUUGUGGACCACUUGUUUUGUAAACCUGUUUUAGCGAUGCGAUAUGAUUAUUAGAAAGCUUUAGACGAGAAAAAGUUGAAUUGUAACCCUUUCUAUGAUUCGUAUAUCUCGCCGUUAUACCGCUCGGAUUCAUAGCGCACGAUGUCAAAGGAAUUAGAUGCUUGACGAACCUAUAUCAUACUUCACACUGAACGUACCAUCCAUUUACUUCGGCUAAUCUACUUGAGCCCAAGUCCACUCACGCUGACGAAGUAUCUGCGUUUAUCGCAAAAAUAUUAAACAAUUAUCAAUGUCAUACUAAGCUUCAAAUGAUCAACGUGAAACGGUUAGGUUGUAUAUUCAACGGAAGCAGCCAGUACGUGGAUUCAUAAUCUUAUCCUCUCUAAAGAGUGUCGACUUGAUUACCCCUUGAAAAAAGGCAGGUUAAAACUCUUGUUCUCGGUUUCAGCAAUGAUUAGACAACAAGUCAUUCAAUGACAGGUUAUAAAGUUGUGCCGGCUCGGGAGUAGUCACGCAGUAUAUGGAUCUGUUUGCCAUUAGCCACAGCUAAUGAAGAUACGCUACGCAGCCCCAGUGAAUGAGGGCUAUCUCAUUUCAUCACUAACCGGUCACCCCCCAUAGAACGUGUUACAAACGAUCCGUCCGUAACAGCCAACUGAUAUGGUCUAUUUAUAAUUUCACCAAAUGUCUCGUUUAUACAUAUCUAUAUAGGAUAUAGCUCUGACGGCAAUUGCCGAAUCCAAUGCGACGAAAGUUUUCAUAUUUUUUUUCUUUUUUUUUCGAUAUUUAUUUCUGUCUUUUCCAUAUUUCAUAAUAAACCUCUGCUGAGAGCCUCCUUUAACUUUCUACACUUACUGGCUACACAUUUAAAUCAAAUAUGACAUCGUUUUUAUUUAGUUGGUAACUUCAUCCUACCAUUAUUUUCCCAUUUUUCACGUGCUAUUUAGUGUCAACGACGAACAAGCGUUAUUGAUUUUCUAAUUUGAACAGUUUAAUCGGUCUAGAAAUGGCGGCCAUCUUCUUUAAUGGCUUCGCGUUGUUUAUAGGCUACGGUUUGUUUAUGGGAAAGUCGGUCGCAGGCCAACCAUAGAAAAGGCUAUCCCGCAACGGCAACUGCCAAUCUGAAUAUACUCGCCUCAGUAUCUAAUAUCUUUUACCCCUUGACUUUUCCCAUUCUAAUCGAGCGGUAAACGUUCUCCUAUCUAGAAGCGUUUGGCUUUACUACCGACCAGUCAUUGCUACCGACCCAACCAGUCGGCCAGUUCCCUUUCUCGUGUGGGACAUGAUCCACUGGGUUGAUAGGCUUUGCCCCACCGUUUUAUCUUUAAAAACUUGAGACCUCAAGCAAAACACAGCGAAAACUACCGAUUUGCACAUGUGUAGCGACAAUGAGUAUUUAUUUAGUGCUAUACUAUUUUUUGUUUAGAGUUCGCCCCUGCAUUGCCCACUUGAAGUCUCGAGUAUUCUAGUGAAAGUCAAGCUCGGGUUGAACAGAAUUGCGCCAAAAUGGCCGCUACCGUCACCACUAGCAAGUUGGAACCGGCUAAAAGUAUCCCGCGAAGCGUUAAAUUUAUCCUUGGGGGAUCAGCUGGUAUGGCGGCCACAUUGUUUGUACAACCCUUGGAUCUGAUUAAAAAUCGAAUGCAAUUAAGCGGUGAAGGUGGAGUCGCCAAGGAACACAAGACUUCGUUUCAUGCUUUCCGUAGUAUUGUAAAAAAUGAAGGCCUGUUUGGCCUAUACACGGGCCUCAGCGCUGGUCUUUUUCGUCAAGCAUCAUAUACGACAGUUAGAAUGGGCGUUUACACAUCGCUUUUCGAGUGGGCAUCAGAGUCUUCCUCACCGAGCUUCUUCAUGAAAGCCGGAAUCGGCAUGUGUGCUGGAGCCGUCGGUGCGUUUUUCGGAACGCCAGCUGAAGUUGCACUUAUCCGUAUGACAUCCGACGGACGAUUGCCUCCGGAGGAACGUCGAGGUUACCGUAACGUUUUUGACGCCUUAUUUCGAAUCGCAAAAGAAGAAAAUGUCCUAACACUUUGGCGAGGCUGUAUGCCAACAAUUGGACGCGCCAUGGUAGUAAAUGCUGCCCAACUUGCCAGCUACUCACAGACGAAACAGUUCCUGUUAGGCACUGGCCAUUUUAAAGACAACAUUGGCUGUCACUUUGCGGCAUCGAUGAUUUCGGGUCUUGUAACGACGACAGCUUCAAUGCCGGUUGACAUUGCGAAGACACGAAUUCAGAAUAUGAAAGUGAUUGAUGGCAAGCCUCAGUACACUGGCGCGCUGGAUGUGCUAUCUAAGGUGGUUCGAAGCGAAGGGCUAUUUGCUCUCUGGAAGGGUUUUACUCCGUACUAUGCUCGACUGGGCCCUCAUACGGUUCUAACCUUCAUUUUCCUUGAGCAAAUGAACAAGGCUUACUACAGGCAUGUUUUAGGGGCAGAACAAACAAAAGCUUCCAUCUAAAAAAAAGCUCCGGAGUCGGCCCGACAAGUUCAAGGCUACGAUUAACCUUCAUGGCGAAUGGCAAUAGAAAAACUAUUUCAAAGAUACAAUAUAUGAGCAUAGCUUUGGCAAAAGGCCAUCGUUAAGGUACCGCACGUUGUGAGCCCGAAUCUGAUACAAGCAACUAAGUCCACCUAUGAAGACAUAGAACUUAACAAAAUGUCUCUUUUUUCUUCUACCUGAGAUAUUUUAAAAUUGAGAUAUUUUAAAAAUUUGAGCAGAGAUAUUUUAAAACUAAUUUACAAAAAGGAAGUACAUACAUUGUGUUGUUUUUUAGGGUUAAUUCAGAGUGAAAGCGACAACUAAAGCACGACUAAGCUAAAAUAGUUCGUAGCAGACUAAAUAGAAGAAAGUAUAACAUAUAUAUAUAUAUAUGUGGACUGCUACACUUCUAUAGGGUUACAAGGGACCUUAAGUAUGAACAAUUUCUACAUUAAGGCUGUUGAAAAUUGUUUUCAAAGCUAGUUCAUAUAAGCAGAGGACGAUAACGUCGAUAGAGCAAGAAUGUUGAAUCAACAUAUGUCUUCAUGUUUACGCCUUUUGAAUCAACUUAUUGCCUCCUUUUGGCUCAUACAAUCUACACUCCAGAAUGAAAUAACAGUAUAAAUCUGCGAUAAAUAAAAUCAUACGAUUUCUAAUUUUACUGAAUGAAAACAUUUCGACUUUCUUUAACAUAAGUCUAUAAACGUUUCUAUGAUGUCAAUAUAUGAAACGCACAU